ACAAAGCAAGUCGAUAAUAUCUCCUACUUUUCAGUAUUUAGUUCUGUCGCUAGUUAGUGGAAGCAUAUUUAUCGGCCCUUUUUAACCAUUGAAGACACCUCUUACUCUUAGGACAUCCGGUACACUUUCGGACCCUCGGGCUCAGAGGAAGACUGGCUGAGCAGGUGACCGUUGAAGUUGAAAGAUGGAGCCGAUAUAGAUUGACCUAAACUACAGUACAUGUAGGAGUCGAUUGAGAUUUCACCAUUGACGAGUAUAACCAUGGAUGAUUUUAACGGUGUUUCGGAGAGGCUAGAGAUGAAUGGAGAAAAGGGACCUAUCACAGAAGAGAUUCAGCGGGAGUGUAAAGAAUUUAUCGAGGAUCUGGUGGACAGGAUAUUCAAUAAAAGUUCAACUAUUGUACAAGAGGACAAUGCCAAGUUUGGAAUCUAUUCGAGAACGACAGAAGGGAGAGCAUUAUUUGCCAGACUGGUCGAUUCACAACGGGUCAAUACUAAACGGGUUUCGGAACAAACAUUUUAUCGACUCGUCCAAUUUUUUGCACUUUGCCUCUUUGAGUGUAAUGAAGCAGAUGACUUCCAUCCUGCCAAGUGUCUCAUGAACAUGAGUUACACGUUCUUCCAUUACUCGGAAGAAGUGGAAGAUAGAACCCAGGAUGUAAUAUCACCAGAUUCAGAGGAGGCAGAUGAUUCAACGAAUGGUGACAACAAUAAUGCCCUGGAAUCGCCUUCAAAUCCAAAGCCUCCUAAAGUAAAGAGCUUCCUGUAUACUCAUCUUAAAGAACAACCGAUUUGGAAAUGCCAACGGUUCUGGAAUGCAUCUUUCUUUGAGUCUGUACAUCAUGAGAGAACACAACACUCGCCUGAUGGAAAAAGAGGACACUGGAGGCAUAUGAGUUCUGAAGAGCAAGAGCUAGCAGAAAUUAUGGAAGAGAACAUCACGUUUGGUCAGCUAGCUACCUUCCUGCACAACAUGAUGGGACUGGGUCUAUCGGAACAGUUCACAAGAAGAUUCCUGGACAAGAUGGGAGUGAUAGGAAACAUCACCAAAGAUCAGUAUGAUAUGCUAGCAGCAAACAUUGCUUCGCACUUCAAAGCCACUUCGCACUUCCAACCCGCCUCCGGUAAGGAGACCAGACAGUGGUCUCUAAGCAACCUGGGCACACCCAUCAGGCGGAGACUGAGCAGUCUGAUGAAGCAACCUAGCAAGCAUUGACCCCCAGAGGCAGAGUUCACUGACCUCACCUGAGCCAGGCUUGCCCAGUACAUUCCUGCCAUAGCAACAUGCUGAGUAUUGAGAUUGAAUCUUGUUAGCUUGAGAGCCAUCUGUACAGAGUUUUGCCGACUUGGUUUCAGUUUCUCACAACAUGGCAUUUAUGUUCUUUUGUUUUGUGCUUGCCCAACAAAGCAGUUUUUUCCUUAUCGUGCCUGACUGAUUUUGGCCAAAUUCUGCUAAUCGAUGACACUGGUUGGUGUUAGUGGUAGGAGAAUACAGUCAUGUGACCAAUCCUCUUAGCCAUUCACAGUGAGAUGUAUUUUCUUCUUUACUCAUCCCUUUGAAAUCUGCAUUAUAAAGGAUGUGACAUCAGUUUUAUAAAUAUUGAAGGUCGCAUUCGUCAUUUGAAAACUAAAGCAUCAGUGUGAAUAAAAGUUCACACACAGGUACCCAACCUGAGGAAGCCACUCCCUUUAAACAAACGCACAUUUUAUCUUGCCUGACUUCAGCGCUGACGUGAUAGAUAUGCUUGCCACAGUCACAAACAAAUCAACUUGCUAUAAAACUCAUUGGUAGUGAAACCCUCUUGCGUCAAUCAUUCCAAAUUUUCUGGUUUGGCUCAAUAACUUGUGAUUCAGAGCCCCAACCAAAUAUGACAGAUAUAAGGUAGAAAGGGCUAAAAAUGUAGUUUCAUGAAUAUCUUGCUUUUAAUGAUUGAAAUCUCAAAAAGGAAAACAAGCUUUAAAGUCCUUAAAUUGGCUACACAUUGAGAAAUUUAAAAUGAUUGUUUUUCAAUAACAAUUUACCAUUUUUCAACUUUUUACAACAUUCUUGCCCAUAUAUUGUUUUCAGAGACAUUACAUUUUAUUAGAACAAUGUAGCAAUAAAAGAAGAAUAUUAUUGUUGCCAAUUUGAAAGACAGUAGGUGAAAAUGAAUCAGCUCAAGCAGGCAGCUUAAAACAUCAGAAUACUAAUAUGAAAACAUUAUUAAUGGUUAUUGUUUCAACAGAACACAUGCAGAUGAGAAAAGAAGUUGUGCUGCUGUUUUAGAAACGCUUGUUACAGCUACAAACAAUGAAGUUCAUUACACUUUGUAGAACAAAAAUUGUUCAGGUACUCAUACUUGAACAUACUCAAUAAAGCCUCCUGUUACCGUCUCCAAUUGACAGCAAUUUGCUUUUAAUUUUACCAGUCAGCAUAAUUCUUUUCAUUAA